AUGCUGACGAGACAUAUACAUCUAGAUGCUGCCGAUGCAGAAAGCCCACUGAAGCCCGCUGAGCUACAAGUUCUACGAUCACAAUAUGAGAAGGAAGGAGAGCAUGUUGGGGUACAGACAAAGUUCAACUUUGCAUGGGGCUUGAUCAAAUCCAACGUUCGCCAAGAUCAACAAGACGGUGUUCGACUCCUCUCAGAUAUCUUCCGUAUCUCGCCCGAGCGAAGACGGGAAUGUCUCUACUACCUGGCGCUGGGAAACUACAAGCUUGGGAAUUAUGCAGAGGCACGACGAUACAACGACUUAUUGCUGGAGAAGGAGCCCGCGAAUUUACAAGCAGCGAGUCUGAGAGGGCUGAUAGAUGAUAAAGUUGCGAAGGAGGGUUUAAUGGGUGUUGCUAUUCUCAGUGGGGUGGCUAUUGCCGCGGGUGUUGUUGGCGGCAUGAUAUUCAAGGGCUUUGGGAGGAGGGCGAGGUAG